CGCGCGCCGCCUCCCGCCCCGCGGCUGACGAUGGUGGCGAGCGGGCGGGCGCGGAAGCUGGCCCGGCGCUACCGGCUGGCCCUGGCCACGGCCCUCGGCAUCCUCCUGCUGCAGGGCCUCGUCCUCUGGAGCUCCGCCGGCCUCGACGAGGAGGGCCCGGCCGAGGAACGGCAGAAGAAAGCCAGGCUGCCUGAGAACAGCGAUGGCUCCAAGGACUCGGACAGCUCUGCCGGGCGCCGGGGCAGCGCCGGUCGGAAGCACGGGCGGUGGCGGGGGCGGCCGGACAGCCCCGGGGUGCUGGUGUCCAAGGUGGUGAGAGCCGUCACGGCGAGGCACAAAGCGGGACGGCGGCUGCCGGCCGCGCCGGACGCCUCCAGCCGGAGGAACCUGACGGAGGCACGCGGGGACGCCCAGCUGGCCGUCUUCCAGCAGGGCGACACGGGCAGCGUGGAGGGGGCUCCGCAGCCCACCGAGAACAGCUUCACCCCCAAGUGCGAGAUCACGGGCAAAGACGCCCUCUCGGCGCUGGCCCGGGCCAGCAGCAAGCAGUGCCAACAGGAGAUCGCCAACGUGGUGUGUCUGCACCGGGCCGGCAACCUCAUGCCCCUGUCCGUGCCUCGCCACUGCCAGCUCUCGGGAAAGGUCAGCCCCGUGAUCCAGUGGGACGAGAGCCGGCUGCAGCAGCUGCCCCCCAGCAAGCCCGUGCGCAUCGCCUACAUGCUGGUGGUGCACGGCAGGGCCAUUCGCCAGCUGAAGCGGCUGAUCAAGGCGGUGUACCACCAGCAGCACUUCUUCUACAUCCACGUGGACAAGCGCUCCAACUACCUCCACCGUGAGGCGGUGGAGCUGGCCCGGCACUACCCCAACAUCCGCGUGACGCCCUGGCGCAUGGUGACCAUCUGGGGAGGUGCCAGCCUGCUGAAGAUGUACCUGCGCAGCAUGAAGGACCUGCUGGAGCUCUCCGAAUGGCCCUGGGACUUCUUCAUCAACCUGAGUGCCACCGAUUACCCCACAAGGACCAACGAGGAGCUGGUGAUGUUCCUGUCCAAAUACCGAGAUAAGAACUUCCUGAAGUCUCAUGGCCGAGACAACGCCAGGUUUAUCAAGAAGCAGGGCCUGGACCGCCUGUUCCACGAGUGUGACUCCCACAUGUGGCGGCUGGGCGAGCGCCACAUCCCCGAGGGCAUCGUGGUGGACGGGGGCUCUGACUGGUUCUCGCUGACGCGCAGCUUCGUGGAGUACGUGGUGUACGCGGACGACCAGCUGGUGUCCCAGCUGCGGCAGUUCUACACCUACACGCUGCUGCCAGCCGAGUCCUUCUUCCACACGGUCCUGGAGAACAGCCACGCCUGCGAGACGCUGGUGGAUAACAACCUGCGGGUGACCAACUGGAACCGUAAGCUGGGCUGUAAGUGCCAAUAUAAACACAUAGUCGACUGGUGCGGGUGCUCCCCAAAUGACUUCAAACCCCAGGACUUCCUCCGGCUACAGCAACUCUCCAGACCCACCUUCUUCGCCCGCAAGUUCGAGUCGACGGUGAAUCAGGAGGUGCUGGAGAUCCUGGACACCCACCUCUACGGCAACUACCCCCCCAACACGCCGGCCCUGAAGGCGUACUGGGAGAACGUCUACGACCGCGUCGAUGGGCUCAGCGGCCUCAGCGACGUCACCCUCACCUUCUACACUGCCUUCUCCCGGCUGGGGCUCCGCAAAGCCGCCUCCGUGCUGGCACCGAAGGAGAAGCUCUGCAGGUUUGAGCCCCGUGGCUUCCCGUCCAGCGUGCACUUGUAUUUCUACGACGACCGCUUCCAGGGGUACCUGGUGAUGCAGGAAGUGCAGAACGCGGCGACGGGGCAGGCAGAGGCCUUGGAGGUGUGGAUGAUGCCCCAAGGAGCUCUGAAGCUGGCGGGUCACGGAGGGCAGGCAAACCGGUUACAAAACCUCGAGGUGGGCACAGAGUGGGACCCCAAGGAAAGGCUCUUCCGCAAUUUUGGAGGCUUGAUGGGGCCUUUCGACGAGCCGGUGGCCAUGCAGAAGUGGUCGCGGGGCCCCAACCUGACAGCCACGGUGGUGUGGAUCGACCCCACGUACGUCAUCGCCACCUCCUACGACAUCACGGUGGAUGCAGAGACGGAGUUCACGCAGUACAAGCCCCCCCUCAACCGGCCCCUGCGCCCCGGCGUCUGGACCAUCCGCCUCCUGCAGUUCUGGGAGCCCCUGGGGGAGAACCAGUUCUUGGUGGUGCCCCAGACCUUCAACCGCAAGCAGCCUCUCAGGAAAGACGAUAGCAACUGGCUGCACGGUGGGCCCCCCCGCAACGAGUACAUGGAGCAGAGCUUCCAGGGCCUGGGGGGGAUCCUGAACCUGCCGCGCUCCGAGGAGGCAGAGGCGGCGGCGGCAGGGAAGGCGCAGCUGACGGGCCGGGCGCUGGACGAGUGGGCAGACAGCGCCAUCAGCGCCUUCUGGUCCGUGGCAGACGUCUGUGUCGGCAGCUCCUCGUCCUGCUCCUCCCUGGAGACCUGCAGCAAAACCUCCUGGAGCUCGCUGUCCCCGGACCCCAAAUCAGAACUGGGGCCCGUCAAACCUGACGGGCGGCUGAGGUAGCAGCAGCAGCCAGGGAGGCGGCGUUGGGAGCGAGGAGCAUCCUCCGUCACCGGCGUGGGGCAUCUCUGGACUGCAUCACCCCGUGCCAUUCACACCGUAGUUACUCGAGGAAAAGAGUAUGGGAACCGGCGGGCCAGGGAAAUCCUCCUGUGGGUUAUUUUAGGUGGAGAGGGAGGUGUGAGAUGUGGUCUUGCCUACCUCCCCCAGGAACGGGCACUUGCUGGCCAGGAGAGAGUGUGCCGGGGCGCCCGUCACCGCGGGGUGCGGGUGGUGCUGGCAGCUGGGAAGAGCUGCGUGCUUCUUUUCUUUGGUGCCUCGGGAAGGGUUGAGAUGGGCUGGGAAGGGAGGCUGGCAGGGGGGUGGGCUCUGGACCAACUCAGCAUCCUGUCCUCUCUGCCCGGCCCCAGGUGGAUCUGUGCAGGAUCAGGCCCUGUGCUGCAGGCUGCCCCCCGGGAGGGCUGGCUGGGGACUCCAGGGACAGGGCACACAGGGAAAGUCGGAAGCAGAAUGGGUCGAAACCUGCCAUGUGCAUGGAGCUGCUGCUGGCCCAGGGCUUGCAUCUCAUCCCCUCGACCCCAGCCCUUUAGUUCGUAUUUUUAUAAAUAUAUAUAGAAAUAUAUAUGAUGCAAAGUGCAAUAGAGACGAGACCCCGCAUUGGCCGGGCAGUCCUUGUGUCUCCAUCUCCCCUGAGACUGUAACAUACCUUGUUCUCUUGGGUGUCCUGGUGGUACAGGACAGGGUGCUGGGUUGUUUACAUUUUUUUUAAUUAUUGUUAUCAUUAUUAUUAUUGUUUUGCUGUUUCCCCAUUUCCUGCUGGGGGCUGAUGGGGAACCGCAUCCUGCUGCCCCUGGGCAGGGCUGCUCCAGGGCUGCGGGGCUCUGCCUGCCCUCCGAGGCAGCAGCCUGACUGUGCCAAAUAUUUGGAUGAUGGUGUUCGCUGCGUGGUGGCCCUGGCUCGGUGAGCAGUUUAAGCCCAGUAAGCUGCUGUGGAUGCUGCAGCCUCUGUCUCUGCUUCAGCUCAGGCUCUGGGCACCGGGCUGCUCAUGUCCCCUGCCAAAACGCGAUGCACGUGGCUGAUGUCCUGGUGCGGAUGAGAUGGCAGCUGUCCUGUGCCAUGGCCCAGCCUUCUCCUUUCUCCCUGGUCAGCAGAAGCUCUCAGGAUCUGCUGUGCUUCCCUGGCUAUAAAGCAAAGAAGUGAGACGAGGUCCGGCUGGCUCCAUCUGCUCUCCGCUGUCUGCUUGCUUCCCCGAGGGACCAGAAGCUGCCUCCUCAGGGGAAAGGGAGCUGCAGAGCCUCCUGCUUCCCAUCCACCUCCCAGCUUGGGGGCCUGCCGGCAGCGUUCCUCUCCCAAACACCAGCCAGUGCUACAUGGGAAGAUGCUUCACCCUGGGAAGAUGCUUGGUGGGCCAUGCUGGACUGCAACGGAGCUUGUGUUCGGCCUGGGACUAAGACACUGCCCCUGCAGCUGGGCUGGGGCAGGGGAGCUGCUGCGGACCAGGGCACCAGAGCUCGCCCACUCCAUCCACUCUGCUUGUACAUCAGCCAGAGCAGCUCCCGAGACUUUUGUGCCACCUUCCUGCAGAGCUGCGCUCAGGCUGCCUGGGGGCUCGCCUCGCCGCCUCCUGUCCCUUGAGGAUUGAGGACAGUGGUGCUGUGAGAGGG